AUGCCACUUCAUCCGUCCCACGAACUCCCAAACGAAGUGUUGGAGAUUACAUUCGUCUACUUGGACAGUGCGGCGCUGGGUCAGCUGACAAAGACCUGCCGCGCCAUCCGCCACAUCUUGCAAACGUCUCGUGUGUGGAAGACGCAGCUCCACGCGCGCUUUGGUGUAGUCGUCGAAGCGUUCCCCGCCCAACCGAGUUGGUCGUGGCGCGCGAUCUUCGCCAAUCUGAUGUGGGACGUAUCGUCCCUCGGCCAUGCGUUUUCGUCGCCGGAAGAUGUGUUGUCUGUAGUGGACAAGCCGCCGCUGUACGCGAUGGACGCGGCGGCCACGUCGAUUCGCGUCGAGAUAUUGCUCAUGGAAGGCCUGCGGCGGUUCCCUACAAGCGAUUCCAUGCUCACGUCGUACGCGGCGCUCGUGCGGCCCCCGAUGUCCACCCCACUCGCCGUCUUUUAA